CGCAUAUUGGAACCUUAAUUCUUGAAGUAUCUCAAGGACAGUGCGCCAGCGCACAUCUAAACAGAUGUGGGCAGGGCAGAAUAUCAACUAUAAUCCUAAUGAACCAACUGAAGAUCUCAAGGCGUUUGAGCGUCGACUUCGAGAAAUUAUCAAUGGUUUAGGUCCUAAAGCAUUUAAAUGGCGCAUUGUUUUAUUUGUUGGUGUCAUAAUGUUUUUAUGUUCGUCGUACUGUUGGAUUAUCGAUCCCGUUACCUAUCAAGUUGGUUUUCUUGGGUCCAUGAAAAAACAUCCAGAAUUUGUACUCAGUCUCUUGUUCCUGAUGAUUAUAUUCUUGAUGGGUGCACAUAAAAAGGUCAUCUUGCCAAGUAUCAUAGCGCAUCGUAGUCGGAUUGUCCUAGCAGAAUAUAAUAUGGCUUGUGAUAAUUCUGGGAAGCUAAUUUUGAGACCUAAGCCUAAUUUCUAAUAGGUCAUAUAAAACUGCAUGUACAUAAUGUAUAUUAAUUAACCAUCAAGUCUUUCAGUACUAUUUACACAUAUACACAAGAUUGAUUUGUGUGCUCUACUCUAAAGUAGAUUUUUCAGCCUAUACCAAUUUUGUGAUAAGAAUAUCCCGACCAGUGAAUUCUUGUUCGUAUUAUUAUUGGGACUUUUAUCACUUCUAUUUUCUUUUCAUAUAUGUACUAAGUUAUAAGAUAAUUGCAAUAAAUAAUUGAAAUAAAGUGGACGCUUGCUGACUUUUCCAUGAG